GGGCAACCCGUGGGCGUCCAUGGAAGCGGCGGCGCGGGGCGGCGCGGCCCGAUGAGAGUCCGUUGGGGCCGAGUGAAGGAUGCAGGGAGCCAUGGAAGGAGGUGUUGUACGCAUUGGUGACCAGAUCAUACUGGAAGAAGAUUAUGAUGAGACAUAUGUUCCCAGUGAGCAAGAAGUCUGGGAUUUUGCGAGAGACAUCGGCAUUGAGCCAGAGAAGGAGCCUGAGCUGAUGUGGCUGGCCAGGGAAGGCAUUGUGGCUCCGUUACCACCCCAGUGGAAGCCCUGCCAGGAUGUCACUGGUGAUAUCUACUAUUUCAACUUCAACAAUGGCCAGUCCAUGUGGGACCACCCCUGUGAUGACCAUUACAGAGAACUGGUCGCUCAGGAACGGAAGAAGCUGCUGGCACGUGGCAACUUGAAAAAGAAAGAAAAGAAGAAGAAAGACAAGAAAGAUAAGAAAGACAAGAAGGAUAAGCAGUCACUGAAGCAACAUGCUGAGAAUCCUGAGCCAGAACCAGAUAGCCAGAUUAGAAAUGAAGACAGAGGGAGUCUGUCACACAUAAAUGAUUCAUGGAGACAAUUUGCAGGCAUGGGGCGAAACAAACUGCAUCCCACACUUGUAUCAGUAUUCAACAGGCCGUGCCAAACCUUAACUGAGGUGAAAACUGUAGAAAGUGGCCCACCUUUCAGCAGCGUUGAUGUAUACAUCCGCCAGGAUCAAGAUAUACCUUUGGAAGUACAAGGAAAUGUUCGUUCCUACUCUACUGGGGAGAUGAAAAGAAGUCCAAGUUUAUUGCUAGUCAGAGAAGGAAGAAGGAAUCACGACAUGACUCUCUUUGAUUCCAGUCUCACGGAUGACUGGAAUUUGCAGGAGAUGGUUGUUGCUUCAUAUGCUCAAGAGCAGCUAAGGUCUCACAGCAGAGUAUCUCAGAGUAGAAGUAAGAGAGAAGAUCAGGAUGAGGCUUUGGGUCAAGCUGUCAUUCUUUGCAAGAAUAGUGAGAGCAUCAGCAGACCUGAGAGACAGGAUUCAAAGCAAAUGGAGCUAAUGGAACUAGGAGCAGAUAUAAAAGCAGACGAUAUCAGUGCUAUACCAGAGAACCCAUCCAGAGUUCCUCAAAAGAUCAUGGGUGUGCAACCCUGUUUGCAAGGAAUAGAUGCAGAGGGGGCAAUUAAUGCGUACCAUCGUACAUCAAAACACGUCUCUUCAUCUGUCAAAGAUGGCUGUGGAGAAGAUGAAGAAAGAGGUGAUUUGAUAUCAGAAUGUGAUAGCAGUGAUUGGGACAGUUCUCAUAGUGUUGAUGCACCCCAGAUACUGGGAGUGGGCCAUCAAUUCUCCUCUCCACACUGUGAGUCUGGAAGGCCAAAAGACCUGUACUCUUUCACAGAAGAGCCUAUGCUGCCAUGUGCCUUCCUGAAAUCACCUGUAUCUCAGAUACACAGUACUGCCCAAAAAUCAGAGAGGGAACAUAGCUCCAAGGAUAUGAAAUUGUUCCACGUGCUGCAGGAAUAUGAAGAAAAUGCCAGCUUAGAAUCUGAAUGUGUUAGGUUUGUGGUGGAUUCCUGUGAAAAACUCACUGCCCAGGAGCCUGAUGGUGCUGCUGAAGGACAGAAAGGAAUGAAGAAAGGAAAUGGAAGGACAGAUGAGGAUCCCAGAGUGUGGGAGGAUGCAGGCACAAAAGCCUUGUGUGCUCCUCCUGAGUAUCAGAUGGCUGACUGCCAAGGAAGCAACAGUCUCUGUCAGCACAUGGAAGUGAGGGUGACCCAGACCAGAAACACUGCUGAGAAUUACAGCAAAAUAGAGGUUGGUGAAGGAACAGGUGAAAAUAAGCCUUCAGGCACCCUGCUAGCACCUGUGCAGGUGCCCCUGGGGAACCUUGCUCCUCUGCGUGGCCCUGUGGCUUCUCCAGCUGGCAUCCAGCGUGGCUCACUGCACUCGGACAUGGGCAGCUCUGUGGACUCCGGUCUUGUAGACAGAGGAGAAGCUCAGAGUCUCCAUAGGACAGCAGGACUCUUCAAAAACCUGCACAUGGAUGUCAGUGCCCUGGGAUGCAGUUUUGAAUCUGAGGAUAACAGCAAAGCAGAGGAGGAGAACCAUGGUGGCCACCUGGCUGAUGUCACUGAAGCUCAUCUCCAGGACCAGAGGAGUCCCACGGAGGAAGCUGGCAGUCUGAGAGAGAAGGAGUCUUUAAAAUCAAGACAUGCUGAAGGAGAGUCUUCCUUGGAUUCUGGCGACGCGUGCCCUCCAACUCCAGUUAAAGCCCUUUCUGGAGUUGCUCACAGUAGCCUGUCUGACCAGAACAAAGAGGAAUCUGAUGAGAAACUCGCUGGGAAUGAAGGACUGGGUGAGAAGGCUGCCGAGGUGCAAGGUGACGUCUCUGCAGCUGAUGAGCUGCCACAGUCUCUGGAGGAAGGGAGAGCAGCAGGGACAGACGUGCCCAGCAGUCCUGGGCAACCUCGAGCUGCAUCUCCAGAUGCUGAAGCUGCUGAAGCAGAUCAGCUGGCAAGCCUGGCUGUCACCGUUGACACCGUGUCUGUUGAUGAAAAUAUAGUAAAUGAAAUGAGGGAGGAAGCAGCUGAUGUGAAAGCAGACAGCAGGCUGGAUGCUGGCAAACUUUCCAAAGUAUCUGAGAGCAGUGAAUGCAUGGAGGACUUGCAGGCUUCUAACCGCCUGGACCAGGAGCUGAUCCAGCAUGUGGACUUGGCUUUCCAAAGCCAGUUUUCUGAGCGGGUGUUGGAUGUAGAUGCUCUGUCUCCUGCUUUAGACAAGUCUCCAUGCAAGGCCCAGGAGCUGGGAGAAGAGGAAAAAGACCAAAGCAAAGCCAGUGUAGAUGAAGAGCAAAGCAAAAGAACAAAAGCUGCUGAGAGUGAGAGGGAUCAAAGUGGUUGUGAAGCAUCAGAACAGAAGUGUGUUGCUUUAGAAAAUGCCAAUGGAGAAGAGGCUGUGGCCCUGCAGCUGGAGGAGGAAUUGCCGGAUAGCCUAAUCGAUCUGGAAGAACUUGCAGCCCUGCAAAAAGUGCAACCUGAGAAAGAAAUAAAACAAGAGCAGUCCUUGACCCAGUCUAGUGAAGAAUCCCUGGAGGGAAUAGCCAAGGAGCUGGAGAAGGAGGUUGAACAAGAGAAAAUGCACUUACUGCAAGCAAAGAAGGAGAAAAUCCAGCAAUUCCAAGAAGAAAUGAGGCUACAGGAGGAGGAAGAAACUCAGAAACUUUAUCAGCAAAAAGAAAAAUCCCUCAGGACACUGAAAGAGGAUUUGGCAAAGGUUUGUGAGGAGGAGGAAUUACGUGUGAGAAAGGAGGAAGCUGAAAGACUCUCAAAGCUGAGAGCCACCAUCACCUCUGAGACUGAAGCAGAGAAGGAGAAGAUAAGGGCAGAGCAAGAGCUGGCACUGCAAAAACUAAGAGAAGAGUGGGAAUCCCUGCAGGUAAUGGAGAAGGGGAGCAUGGAGAGGAAGAAGCAGCUUGCUUUGGAGAAAAUGAAGCUGGAAAUGGAGGAAGCUCAACAGAAAGAAACAAUCAGACUAAAAAAAGAAAAGGAACAAUUCCUAAGGGAGCUUAAAGAGAGAUUAGAAAUGGAAAAGAAAAAGGCUGCAGAGGAGCUAGAGAAACAGUUUGCAACUGAACUCCAGCAGCUGAAAUCUGCAGCAGAAGAGAAACAUCGAAAGGUCACUUCUAGCCUGCAAACCCAGAUAGCAGAGGCACAGAGGAGCGAGGAAGCUUGGCUGCGUGAAGACUUACAGAGAGCAGAGGAAAAAGUGCAGCAGAAAGCAUACCGAUUAGCAGAAUAUGAACGUGAGCUCAGUGAGCUUAUGAGUGAGAAACGCCAUGAAGUGGAAAAAGACCAUGAGAGGAAAAUGGCAAGGAUGAAGGAGGAGCACCAGGAGGUCCUAGCAAGGAUUCAGGAUCAGUAUGAAGAGGAGGAAAGAAAGCAAAGAGCAGAGCUGUUUGAAGGCCUGCGAGGUGAGUUGGCACUCCUCCGACAGCGUCAUGAAGUGGAGGUGAAAGCUCUGCAGGCAGAGCUGGAUGAACGUCUGACUGCACUGCAGCACAGACAUGGGGAGAAGGAAAGAAGACUCCAGGAUUCAGAAAAUGAGCUUGAAAUACGUGCAAAGAACAUUAAAGCAAGAUCAGUGCAGCUUCUUAGCCAGGAGGAGUCUCUGAGAAGGAAAAAGCAGCAGUUGCUAGAUGAAGACAGACGGACUGAGCGAGAAAGAGACGAAGCUGCUUUAGCUUCUCAACUCCGCCUAGAGGAGAAUCGGAAGGAGCACAGCGACCUUCUUGAGUCCAUCUGGCAACUGCGUAAGGCUCUUGAAGAGCUCCAGGAUCAGAAAGCUGAGCUGGAGGCGCAGGUGGAUUUGUUGCAGACUCGAAGCCAGAGGCUACAGAAACGUAUCAGUGAGCUUGAGGCAGCUGUCAGGAGCAAGCAGGAGAUUUUGAAAGAAUUGGAGGCAGAAGAAAGCGCAGAGUCUCCCAGAAGGAAAGCUGAGCUCCAUGUUGAAGACCUGAGAGAAACUAUUCAAGCUCAUUCAUCCAGAGAGCCUGCUUCCCCGCCUUCUCAAAGCCAUGAAGACAGCAACUUCCAGUUUGAUCAAGUGAGGAGCUACAUCUCUGCUGAAGGAGUCUCCAUCAGAAAAGCCAAGGAAUUCCUGGUGCGUCAGACCCACUCCAUGAGGAAGAGGCACACAGCACUGAAAGCUGCAAAGCAGCAGUGGCACCAAGAUGUGCAGAAAGCGCAGGAAGUGGUGCAAGAUCCUAACAACUCCCAGCUCCUGGAGGGAAUGCGCAAGAACCUGGAAGAGGAAGCCAAGCAGCUGGACAAGAUGAAGUCGGCUAUGCGGAAAGGACAGGUGCUGCUGAAGAAGAAGGAAGAGAAGCUAAGCCAGCUGGAGUCCUCCCUGUUGGAGGAGCUUUCAGAUGAAGAUACACUGAAGAGUGUUGCAUGCAAGAAGAUGGUGACUUUUGAUCUCAGCAGCUCUGAGAACACAAACAGCAUAUCCAGUGUCAACAUACAUCUGCCGAAAUCUGACUUGAGAACGGAGGUACAGAUUGCUCUACAGCAGGACAAGAUCCAGUACUUGACAAACUCUGUGCAGCACAUCACUGAUGAACUGAAUGGGGUCCUCGGCGUUCUGAGUUCUCUGAAUGCCCUCCAGCCCCCGCUCUUCACUUCAACACAGGUGCCCUGUGACGGCAUUCCUCUUUCUACAUAUGCCAACUUGGCAGGAUUGCAGGCAGGUGCCUCCUCGAGGUCCUCUGCUGGGAUGUCUGUGCCCGACCAGUGGGCCUGGGGCACUGGGCUCAGCUCCAGUCGCUCCUUCCUGGCUGGGCAGUCAGUGGACCGCUUCCUGGCAGAGAAGUGGCACAAGUACUUCCCAGGUGGGUUCCCGUCAUGCAGUGGAAGUUCUGGUCCUUCAGACAACAAGCUAGGAUAUGUACCUGCAGGUGAGCAGAUGCGCAUGUUCCAGGGCCGUGAGUCAGACAAGAUGAGUAUUCAAGGAAUGAUUGAGACCAACAAGAAAUGGCUAGAAGACUUCAAGAGUGAUUCAAGGGUACCUCUCUUCCCAGGUGCACAGAAGCCCCCUGCCAGCAGCUCCAGCCUACUUCAGCUAGGGCUGGAUGAAAACAGACAAAUUAAAGUGUACCGGUACUGAAAGGUGGGACUUGAUGUUUUCAGCCCUCGGCUCUGGGCACAGGACCUGGAGAGGUGAUAGCUGGGGGCUGUGCAGUCUCCCUAACGAUGAGGUGGGGGUUUGGUGAUACCCAGCCAUCUCUGUCUUUGUGCUGUGCCCUUGAAGUAAAGUCUCUUUACAAGAGAGUGGAGGGAGGAGGAAGUGAACUUCCCAGGUGGAUUCUUCUAAUCCUGUAAUGUGUCCAAAUAUACUUUAUAGACUGUUUAAUCCAGUGGUGAAAUAUCAGGGCUUCAAUAAAUCAACAGUUCUCUCAUUAGUAUUCUAGAAACCGUGAGACAUAGCUGUGAAUCACGGAGGACUUUGAGUAACUGGUCAAGGGGGAGGACAUGAAUCUAGCUGAGACUUUGCUAGAGGAAAUGUAUCAGGAAAUGAGCCCACACUGAUGCCCAACAAAUGCUUAAUUACAGAUGAGCCAAGUCAUCUGGCUUCUGUGGCGAGUGCAUGAGCAGGGGAGAAUGGGCAGCAAAAUGGCUGUAGAAUUGGGAAACAGCAGAUUUUGACUCUGGGAAACGUUCCUCUCUUCUGGUGUGGAAACAAUAGGAACAAAACCGAGGGUGGUUUUCAUAGCAGAUAUUGUAGGAAAGAGCUCCCUGCGUCCUCCUCUUUCUGCCAGGCUGGUCAGAACUGUGCAGCAUAUCCACACUAUGGGAGCUCAGCUCACGUAUUACAAAUGUGCUGAUGGCAACGCGGAGCAGGGAUGGCAGGAGAGCACGGAGCAGUGUCUGCUGGUGCAGGCAGUGCUGGGGAACUCAGCCUAGUGUGACUGUGAGGAGACAAAGCCCCAUCUGCAUCCUUCCCUCCCCUGGGGAGGGGGAUCCGGAGCUCAGCAGCUGGGGCUCUUCCUGCACAGCGGGGCUGCGUGGCAGACCUGAGUGCUGGGGCCUGGCCUUGCUGCUUGGAGCAGCUCUCCCAAGACCUUGAAACAGGGCUGGGAGCAGGGCUGAGGGGUUGGCAUGUGUUGUGCUCCGACGUGAGCUCACACCUCAGCAGGUGGCUGUGGUUGUGGUGCUUUGGAUGGGCUGCAUGCGGAGCACAGCGCCGUCCUGCUGGCGUGCAGAGGUGGGAGGGGGCUGUUUGAGCACAGGGGGGGUGGGAGAAGUUCAGGCCGUGCUUUCAUACUGCUAAGUGGGGAAAGUGGUAUUUGGUUGUUUUAUCAGUCAUUUCUCCGAGCUGACUUUAAAUAUUUAAUGCUUUAAAAAAAAAAACGCCGCACCAUUUGCUAUUUUGUCUGAUGAGAAGUCUGCAUUUCAAGGGAUCCCAUCUGUGAGAAAUCAGCUUCAAAGUCGCUCUCUCUGGAGACAGCUGAUGUGGGGAGGAUGGCGAAGUUGCUGCUCUUCACCCUUCAGUGCUGUUUGUGCUUCUCAGUGUGGCUAAUGAUGUGCAGCAGAGUAAAGCACGGCUCCCCCUCCUGCUCUGCUUCCUGGCUGUUGUGCACUGGCACAACAUUGCAGCCAUUUGUGCCGUGAGGGUGGCAGGGGAAUGUUUACAUGCAAAUAGAAAUAUAUUUUUGAUGCACAUUUUAAAACUCUCAGGAAGAAUGUCCGUAUUUGCAUUUAUUUUUAUUCUUUUGGGGCUGAACUCCUUAAUAUUUUCUAAAUUCCUCAGCCAGCCUUCAUCCUGGGACCUUCUGCAGUGGGUAGCAUCACACCGUGUCCUUGCUGAAGAAAUCCCAGCUGGGCUGAGCAGGGAGACCUUGUGUGACCACAGGGACUGGCAGCUGUGUGGGGCAAUCCCUCCUCCAUGGGAAGGGAUGGAUGGGAACGCAGAUUUCCUGCCUGCUGUCAGAUUAUGCCAAUCCCUGUCUAUAGGGAUUUUGCUUUUGGUUUCCCAGCUAUUGGCGGAACACGUGGCAGAAUCUCUGGUUGUAUUUUGGAGUUCUGGCUGCCUGAAGGUGGGGGGAGGCUGUCAGCAUGGUGGAUGCUGUACCCAAAGCCGUGCAGCUGAGCUCGGUCUGCGUUCUGUAAAGCAUAUAUUGGUAGCGUGGGGGAAACGCCUGCUUUCUUAGCAAUAAUACACUUUGGAACAUGUUUAUUCUUCCUGUUGAAACUUGUGAUCGCUGCAUCUGGUUUUGUAAGCAAAUUAAAUCAACACGAGUCUGUUUUGUAUGAGGUGACAUUUGCGGCUUGAUUUCUCCUUGCUGAGCCAUUCAGUUGUAGCCCCAGAUAGCCAGCCUGUACUUACCUUUCACAUCUUCCCCUCACUUGUCUCCGGGCUGCUUCAUGUUUUGUCUUGUCAAGGUCAUCUCUGGCAAUUUUUAAGACCACUUCAGCUCGCUGUAGCUUUGUUACCAUUAUUCUAUUAAGUAUCUGGCCACGGUAGCAAACUCAGGGGCAGAUAGAAAGCUGAAAAACAAAACUACAAAAGCAAUUCUUCACGGGGCUCUCAGCCAGCAGGACAGCUUUUCAUGGGCUCGGAUCCUGCCCUUUUCAUAAAACUGUCAUCCAGGCUCAUUACAAUGGUUGUCUCCCUCCUGAGCUUCGUGUCAAGGCUGCGAGCCGGGCUGUGUGCCUGCAGAGCAAGGCCGCCCUGCGGGAGGUGCAGGAGGGGUCCGGGUGCUCCCCUGGCUGCUUUGUCUCUGCCAUGGCUCGGUGGGGAUGUGUCACCCAGCUGGGGAACGGGGCCCAGCUCUGCUCUUGGCUAAUGCAGGUGUCCCCAGCUUAUCGCUGGGUAACAUUCUCACCGCCAGGGAGGGUUGGAGAUGUACUGUCCUCUGCCCGUGGUUUGGUCCUUUCCCCUUCCCACCGCCUGCCAGCAGACCUGGGACUCCUGCCAUCUGCCCUUCCCUCUGCAUGACUGCUCCUUUGGGACUUUUCGUUUCAAGGUGGUCUGGUUAAAAACUCAGCUUGUCUUUGUCUCUAAACACUGGAGUGAAGGCUCCAGUGCUGGGGGACUGCAGAUGUGUAACAGGGACAGUGACAGAAGUGAUGGGGAGAGGGAGUUCAGCACCUGUCCUUGUUUUUUUUCCAUCUCUGACUUCAGCACAGCUGGAAAUCCCAGGUUCAGAUGGAUGGGGAUGGGAGGACUCUGGCAACUGUAAUAUGAUUUGGGCUCCUGGUACAGCAGCAGCAAGACACAAAGACAAAUGUGGUCCUGGGAUGCACGAGGCACGCAGACACACGGAGGGGCUGUGCUGCUGCUGUGCACAGCUGUGCUCUGCAUGCAGGGGGCCUGGAAGGAAGGAAGGCGGUUGCUGCUGUACGUGCUGGGAAGUGAGGGGAGCUGCUGAAGCUGAAGGACAGAUGAGGUGCAGGAAGAAUCUGCCUUGUCGAAAUGGUGGCUGAUAGCUAGAUGCACGUUCCUUAAGAACAAAACACAAACCACCCCCAGACCUUAAAUUACACGUUGUCCUGCUUGGCCUUAGCAAAUGCAAAGGUCGUUUUGAUGGAGCACUGGAAGGGCUGAACCCAAGGCUGAGCCACAGACCUCAGCACGCUGUUGAGCCCAGGUAAUAACUGAAACAAUUAAGUCGUUUAGUUCCCUACACGUCUUCUGAAGCAGCUGCUGGGCAAGGAGCACGGGAUGGCACUGAAACCCAAAUUCACAUCUGAACUCUGCGUGCCCUUUGGGUGCAGGAGGCAGUGCUGCCAUCCUGCUGGGAAGCAGCCCAAAGCGGAGCCAUGGGGCUGAGGUGUGUGGGGUGUGUGAGUGUGCAUAGGUCUGCAUAGGUACAUAAGGAAGAAGAGGAUUUGCUUUUCCUGGAAUGCUAGUACCCUGUGUGUUGGAGAAAUUCAGCGAUUAGAAGAGCAAGAGGACAGUGCCUGAUUACGGUGCCAGGAUGAACACGGGCUGUAAGCUCAUUAAGGAGCUUGGAGUCAGCCUGCUGGAGGAGGGGACGCUUCAAUCACUGCUGCUCAGAGACCACAGUGCAUCACUGCCAGAGCUUUGGCUCCCCAGGACAGUGGGAGAUCCUCGGAGACCGUAGCCAUGCUGGGGACCCUGAUGACAGCACUGUUUUUUGUGGUGAGAGCAUUUGGACAGGUGAGUUGGAGCUGGCAGCAGGUAGGAUUUAAUGCUUUCUGUCUUAUUUCUAGAAGUGUGGGGGUUGUUAUCUUGUCAACUCUUAAGCUAGUUUGAGCACGUUUGAGUUUCUGUGGCUGUAGCAAAGCAGAUUUAUCAGCUGCUUUGCAGAGAACUGCAAAGUGCAGGUACUUAGGCUUCCCAGUCUGGUGCGCUGGUGCUGCAAAUGGGGGUGAAUCUUAGAGCUCUUUGGGCUGGAGAGGAAGAAAAACCACCCCCUGCUUGCUGCUGGGGGCACCUGAUCCUACAGCAGUCCCUUGGAGAUGGGGGAAGAGGAAGAGGACGCCAUGCUUGUCUGGUGGGACACGUCCUGAAGCCCCCUGAGCAGAAGGUCUGGGCCACCUGAACUCAACACGGUGCCAUGUGGCAUCAGCCUUAUCCAUGGUCUCUGCAUUUGCUUUGACAAUUUGCUUAGCUUUAGUUCCUGUCAUUUAAGAGCUCAGCAGCACAAUCUGCUGCCUCUGGAUCUUUCCUUCCUGACCUGCUGCUUGUGACCCUGCAGUCAUCUCUGAUGGGCAAGCAUGAUGUCAGGUGGGAGGAGGAGGGCAGCAAGCAUUCUCGUGGGCUGUGAGUCCCAUGCUGGCUGUGCUCUGUGGGACCGGGACAUGUGAGAGCUGCCCAUCAGCGUGGUGCCAGGAUGGCACGCUGAGCAUCGCCAGCAAGGACUGAUGAUCAGUGGUGAUGUGCACGCAGGAGCAGCUCUUCCUGUUGCUCGUCCACUUCUUCCCCCGUUCUCUCACCUGCUGCAAAUCCUCUCUCCAUCCAGCUCGGGACCAGCCUGUUCCAAGAAGAGCCCCUGCCGUACCUCGUGUACCAGCCCCUGCCCUGGCAGAUCCAGUGUGUGACACAGAGCCGCCGCACCAGCCGGGACAGUGAUAGAGGCAGGAGCUCACGUCACAACAGCAUCUACUCAAUUUCUGGAGAUAAAGGCAAUGUGACCCCUGAUGCCAGCAGUGAGGGCAAAUUCUUCAGCGAUCCCUCCGAGAAGGCGGCUCUGACCAUCCAGACCCACUUCAGGAGGUACCAGCAGCAGAAGCAGGGCAAGAAGUAGACGCCUCGGCCGCCGUGCCCUGCGCCGUCCUUCCUUUCGUGCGUUGUGUUCCCCAGCGAGAUCUGUGGCCGUGGUGACUGUGACCCUGUUACGUAGCUCUUGGUGUGUGUGUGUGUGUGUGUAGAUCGUCUGCUGGUUGCUGAGAUCUCUUUCCUGGUGGCUCCUUCCCCAGGCAGCUUUGCCUUGAAGACCUCGAGGUGCAUCCGCAGGGCUCCUGGUGGGAGCCGUCUGCCUGGUGGCACCCACGUGGCAGAGCUGGCAUUUGCCAGCCUUGGUGGAAGCUGGGAGCUGCAAGCCUAGGAUGGGGGGAACGGCACACACAACCGAGAGCAAUUUGCAGCACUUAAGCAUCCAAGUGGGGCUCUUUCUCAUCGGCUUCAGCCCUCCUCCGUGCCUCUGUUUUGGGCUGGAGCUGAGGCAGAGCAGUCACCUCUCUUUCCCUUGCUCUCGGACCUGAACAGGGAUGUCCUCCAGGCUGUGUGCUGCAGGCAGUGAGGGAGCAGGAGGUAUGCUGCGUGCUGUGACCUGGUUUCUACUUCUCUUGGGGAGCACUGAGGGUCCUGGCUUCAGGGUGGGGCUGGGGGUGAGACUGUGUUGGGGCUGCUCCUUCCCCAGGCAGCCCCCUGCCACCCCUGGGCUUUGGGUUUGCUGCCUGUUGUCAGCCUGUUGUCUUUGCCCUCUCUCUUGUUCCAGAAUAUUGCAGACCACAACACCUGUUCCACGUCUGGCAGGGGCAGGACUUGAGAUUCUCUUGGUUUAUAGCAACCAGUUUUGAGUGCUGGCUUUGGGAGGUUGCAGAGUUGUUGAGAAAGAGGAGAAAAUGGAAUCAGAGGUGGGAGGAGCUGGACUGGGAAACCAGGAAGUGUUUGAGAAGCUGUUGAGGAGAUCCAGGAGCUAUGGCACAAAUGGAAGGGCCAGGAGGGAGAGGAGAUGCUGACUGUGGGCAGUGAUGCUCUGACCUCUGAAGUGCAUUCUCAGCUGCCUCUUUGCUGGGUCUGAUGCUGGACUUUCUGUGCAGAGCUGCUGAUGUUGUGUCCUUCACCUCCUGCCUCGCUGCUGUGCAAAGCAGUGAGCUCUGGGGCAUCCUGGGGAGGGUCUGCAGCCGUGACAAAGUGCAGCAGGGUCACAAGGAGUGGAGGGAGUGCUGCAGUGGAAUGCUUGCCAAGAACCAGGAAUUUGGCCUCUGUUAAUGAAUGCAAAGCCACAGUCUGGAACUGCUGGGGAAGGUGAGGUGGGGAAUUCUUGCUAAGAUGUAGAAGGAAAUCUGUGCUAGCCGAUUAUAAUAAAGACUUUGUAAUCUGUU